AUGAUGCACUCCCAGAUGCCAGUCCAGUCCCUUCUCUGCGCCCUCCUGAUGCUGCCUCUGGGGGUGCCCCAAAAUCUUAUCAGCCUGCGCCUCUCAGAUGAGGGGGUGCAGCAAGCCGCAGCCUUUGCUGUGCAGGAACACAACAUCGGCCGACAAGCCACUUACACCUAUUUUAAAAAGCUGCGAGUUCUGUACGCUGGUUCACCGCCGAAUUAUCCCACCGUAUAUCAUCUUACUAUCGCGUUGGUGCAAACUACAUGUUUAAAGAAGCACGGUAUCACAUUGGUGUAUGUGAAGAUCCAGCAAUGUCCUCUAUUUCCAGGCACUCUGCUGGUAAAAUGCUACUUUAAAAUCAUAUCCUAUCAUGGGGAUACUAUGAGCUUGGAAGAGGAAAUCUGUGAUAAUUCUGUCUUAAAUCAGCCAUGGCUUCGCAUUCCCUGA